AUGAAUGAUGACGACCAACUUGCUGCAGGAAUCGGAGCAACGGAAAUAUUGCCACAAUGGUCCUUGGACGAGCUUCGAGAAGCCCAGGGCACAGAUCACGGUAUUGGACGCGUGAUCUACCAUCUUGCUACAGCGAAGGAGCAACCCGAAGCUACUGGAGACUGGACAACAGAUGGAGAACUUCGACGCUAUCGGCAAAUUUGGCCCCAGCUGAAAAUUGUAAACGGAGUGUUGUAUCACCAAGUAGAACCAGGUUCCAAAGAUGAACGGUUGGUUUUAGUUGUCCCGAGAAAAAUGAGAGGCAAUGUUCUGGACUUGUCUCACAACAAUCCAUGUUCGGGACACAUGGGUGUUACUCGCUGUGUGGAACGUUUACAACGCCAGUACUAUUGGCCUGGGAUGUCAUCCUAA